AGACGAAAAGAUUCAGAGAUUUAAACACUCUUUCACUCUCUCUCUCUACUCUCUCUCUCUCUCUCUCCUUCUUCAUUCUUUCCUUUCCACCAUUAAAGACCAUUCCUUUCAUCCAAAUUCAUUAUCAGUAUCCAAAACCCAUCUCACACAUUCCCUCACUCUCCUAAUUAUUCACCAUACUCUCUUCUCUCUCAUUCGCUCAUUCAAUCAAGAUUUCUCUUCAGUUGGGUAUUCAUUCUUUGGAUAUUUUGCAUGUUGUUAAUUGAAGUUGAAGAGAAGACUGAGAUUUUAAAGGCUUAUUUGAUUUUUGGGUGUGGCAUUGUGUUUUUUAAGGAGAGAGAGAGAGAGAAAAGAUUCAUCUAGUUUGGUAAAUAAAGUAGCCGAGUUUGUAAAAGUUAAGUCUUAGGGAUGGCUGGAGGAACCACUAUUACGGAAGCUGUAAAAGAGUUUUCAAAGGAAAAUGGAUCUUUCCAUAAUAUGAAGAACCAAGGUAAAUCGGGUGUUAAUGGGACUGUGAGAGGUAAGGGAGAUUUACCGUAUGCAUUUUUCAGCAAAGAGCAGGAUAGUUCGUCUUCUUCUUGCUCGGUUGCAGUUGAUGGAGAAGAGAUAGGGGGGAUCGAAGAUUCUUUGGAAUCAUUAUGUGUUAGUGUCUCAGAGCGUUCAAAGUAUCGUUCUGCUUCUAUUGGUACCGUCUCAAGCAUUAUUGGCAAGGAUUAUGUGAAGACCGCACAAUUCAAACAAGGAUAUGUCAAAGCAAACAAAUCGAUGAAGCUAAACUCGAAGGUGUUGCCAGUAUCCGAACCUUUGAUAAGAGAAGCUAAGUUAAAUUCUGAAAAGGAUGAUAAUGUGCAUGACGACAUGGAGGAGUUUCUGUUCCAUAUGCUUGGAGAUGGAUUCCAGUUAGAGAGAGAUGUGAUUCGACAAGUUCUUGAUGCUUGUGGGUAUGAUAUGCCUAAGAGUAUGGAGAAAUUACUUGAUAUAUCCAUAGCAACUUUGGACGAAAAGAGCGAAUCUGAUAGUGGCUCCACUGACAAGUAUACAGGCUUGCAUUCGAAAGCUGAAUAUACUUCAUAUCAGAGGAAGUGUACAAGAUAUCCCGGGGGUACUACUACUGAGGAUACAGCUUCAAACUCAAGUGAAGAUUUCUCUGUUGUAGGAAAUCGGAAAAAUAAUCUGGAGAGGGAUAUACUGACUUCUUUAUUUUGUGCUCCCGAUACAAAUAAGAAUGAUUUUGUGUUACCUAAUAAAGUAAGAGUAAAAACAACAAAGUCGCGGGGUUUGUUUGGAGAUGCUGUGAAAGAACCUCUACAGGACUCUACACUAGAAGUAGAACAAAAUAUAACUUCGGUGCAGCCACGAAAAAAGGAUGAGUAUGAUCAAGAUGAGGAAAGGUACCAAGCUGUUCGUCGAGGUGUGAAGGAGAAUAGUGAACUGAUGAAGCAGUAUUAUAAAUCUGCUGUAGAAGCGUUGACAAAAGGCGAUGGUGAUCUGUUUGAAAAGCUAAAAGAACAGGGUGAGAUUUACUACAAAAAGGCUCGUGAAGCACACGAGGAGUCCUGUAAAAUGAUUCUCGAAACCAGCAAAGAUGUUGACACCGAAGAGGACAUGGUGGAGGACUUGCAGGAUUAUGAUGCAAAGGGAGCGGUACGGCUUUUGAAGGAUCUUCUUUCGUCACUUUCAGGCAUUUCAUCUAUCCAAUAUCUCAAGCUGAUCUUAGACUCGAAAGGGGAAGAAGACAGCUCCAAAGGACUUCGUAGAAGACGGGUUUUGAAGUUGUUGGAGAAAGAAUCCAUCGAGUGGACGGAGGAGGGAGAGAGUUCGGGAACGAUUUGUAUUCGGUUGGAUAGAAUCAACCCUAGACGUUUGAGUUUUGUCAAGAAGUGAAUUGCCUUCAAUUUUUUUUGAUCUUGGAAUCAAUUAAUUAGGGUGAGUUGAGUGGUUUCGAUGAUUGGAGUUUCGAGUUGAGAUAAUUACGAGUCGAGAUUAGGAUACGCAAAAAAUUGUGCACACACUCGCAAGUGAAAUCUUGUUAACUAUACCGUUAAAUUUUGUAAGGUGACAAAACUGCGAUAUCAUUGUGUGUAAAAAGUGUGUAUGCUACGUUGAGAUAGUUAUUACUCUAUUUUAGACAUUUAUGUAAGUUGGUUAAUUUGAUGUAAAAACACAAUAUAUUAUAAUAUAAUUACAUUGUCUUCAAAAGGCAAA